UAAGUUGCUGAGGCUGGUCUCAAACUUGCAAUCCUCCUGCCUCAGCCUCCCGAGUCUGGGAUUACAGGCGUCCACCAUAGUGACCAGCUGUGUCUCACAGGUUUUUAAUUUAAAAGAAAAAAAAAAAGUGGCGCCUCAAACUUACUUGGUAGAGAGGCUCUGUGACACUCAGGCUGGGAAAAACCCAACAAAACCAGAAGAAAUUGAGUGUGGCACCCCACCUCAUGCGGUGGUCCCCUCACCGUCUGGGGAUGAGGAGUGGGGUCCUCCCUCUAGAACAGCAGCCUGUGGGGCUCCCAGUCUAACCCCUCCCGCUGUCCACCAUGUGCCCAGACCCUGCCUCUYCUCUGCUGGGCUCCCAAGGGUCAACUCCAAGUGACAGGGGUCCUGGAGGCGGGGAGCGGACCUCCUGCCCAAGGGUCAGGGGAUCUUUAGUCAGAGAARUGGGAAGGGACCUGGGCUCUUCCACCCCAGCCCUGGGCUUUCACCCAGGUGUUGGGGUGGGCGGUUCCCCUUCGMGAACAGGCGAAGAGGGCCAAGGGGAGCCCCUCCUCUAUGGCUAAUCAGGCCUCCUGAGCCUGCGUCCCACAAAGAGAGUUCACAGACGCAGCCCCGGGCAGGCUCCCAGGAACUGUGCCAUUGGUGCAGAUGGCCUUCUUCAAUGCCCUCCCACUCUGCAAGGGACACGCCARGCCCCAGGGGGUAAGAGGCGCAGCCCGCGUGGGAGUUGGCUCUGGAGCCUCCAGCAGGCUGAGCGGAUUUCACUCCUGUGUCAGGGAUCCCAGCUGCCCGGCCCCCGYUCCCUGCCACAGAGCUGGAAGGCURAGGCUUCCAGCAGGGCAGGUGACGCGGGCCCCAUAGGUCAGCAAGACUGGACCUGACGCUCCCCCUGCACGCUCUGUAAUUUGCCCUGGAAGCGGGCAUUAAGUCAUUUGGCUGGCCGAUGGCAAGGAUAAGUGCCCCUAUCAGCCACUGGCAUCUGUGGCCCAGACUCCCUGGCUCUGCUGUGGGCCCUGCUGCAUCAGCCUCCAGAUUGGCCCAGCCGGGGCCAGGGGCCUCGGCUGCAUCGCCCACAGCCUCGGAGCUCCUGUGGGAGAAGGGCUGGUUUGCUGUGCGCGAGAGGGCGGGUAGCCCAGGAAUCCUUGGCGACUCCCCGCUUCUCUCCCCCGCAUGCCUGGUGCCCCCCAGCACAUACACGUUUCAAGCUCCAUCUCAAACACAUAGGAACUGCACAUAAAUUAUGCUCCGACACAGGGACACAUCAACACACCAUGGUGAGGAAUCCCGUAGGGGACUGGGGGCCCGCACAGGUCCUAGAUGUAGCCCUCCAAGAAAAAUGGGGAGGUGGGGGCCUGCAGGGGAACUGCAAGGGUCUUAUAAAAGGCACCUGGGGAUUGGGCUCUAAAAUCCCACGCAGCUGGUGGCUGGUUGGAUCAGCUCCAGCUCCACACUGUCCCCACCUACCUGAACUCCUCUGCCUAGGAGUUCAGCCACCCACCAGCAUUUCUUGCCCCCAGCCCAGGGCUCAGAUCCUCCUUCACACCUGGCCUCACCACAUCCGCUGACGUUGGGGUGGGGGAGGGCAGAAGGGGUGCGAUCACCGGGUUCUGCAUUCUGAUUGCUGGAGUGUUCCUGCCAAAGGUCCCAGGCCCCUGCCGUCUGGGGAGAGGGUGUCAUGCUGAUGGGCUGGGGGCUGUGGAGGAGGCAGGCUCUGUCAGUGGUUCUCCUUCUUCCCCUUGAAAUUCCCGCCAGGCAAGGCCCAGGGAGAGCCCAGCAGCGUCAGCAGAGUUCCCCUUCAGAGCCAGCCUGUGACAUGGGGAAAUGCUUCUCUCUGGGCCCCUGGGGGUUYCCCUGGGCCCCAGGGGAAGAAGCUCUGCCUCACUCAUAACUAGAAACUCACCAGUGGCCCCUGCUUUCCCCUCUGAAAGCAAGCUCACCCCCACUAUGCCAAAGUCCAGGGGUUUGCAGUCAAGAGACUAUGUUCUGGCUAGCCUGGCCACCAACCUGCCUCAGGAAGCAGAUUGGUCUCAUCUAAGCAAUUGGGGUGGGGGGUAAGAGGGGCAGGGGAGAGAAAGACCCUCCUGCCUAAGGUCUCCCAGUAGGGGCGCCCCAUUCUCCCUUGUAGGAUCAUCUGCGGCAGAUUUUUGUUCUAACAAACUCCUAGGAAGAAAACCCCAAGAAAAGGAAAAGGCAGAGGAAGCAGGGACCAGGGACCCCAAUGGCCAGAAGGGCAUCAGGGACCAAGGAACCCCAAAGGCCAGAAGGGCAUCAUCUGAGAAACUGAGUUCCCAAGGGCUGAAAGGCUUAAAGCCGGUCAAAGGGCGGGAGCAAUCUUCCGAGCUGGGGUGCAAAGAUCCGGGAGGGGCGCGUUCGGACCCCAAGACUCCGGCGAACACCCCCGCCUUAGGAACUGGCCCCGGUUUCCUCCCCUGGGGCUCCCCUCCCCAGCCSGCGCAGGGGAAGCCAGGCCGCCCGGCCUGCGCCCCACGUGAGGCCGCGGGGGCGGCGCCGGCGCCUUCCUGCUCUGCCCUUGUUUGGUGACCCGGGAGCCCGGCCCCCCAGUACUUAAGCCCGGGCGCGGCAGCCAGUGCCCAGAGGCGAUAGAUCGGGCUGAGCGAGCGCCGCGGAGCCCGGAAGACGAGCGAGAGGCGAGAGAGGCAGAGGCAAAGGGCAGCGGCUCGGCAUGGGGCUGGAGGCGGCGCGGGAGCUGGAGUGCGCGGCGCUGGGGGCGCUGCUGCGGGAGCCGCGGGAGGCCGAGCGCACACUGCUGCUCGACUGCCGCCCCUUCCUAGCUUUCUGCCGGCGACACGUGCGCGCCGCGCGGCCUGUGCCCUGGAACGCGCUGCUGCGGCGACGCGCGCGCGGCCCGCCSGCUGCCGCCCUCGCCUGCCUGCUGCCGGAUCGUGCGCUGCUGGCGCGCCUGGCCCGCGGGGAACUGGCGCGCGCGGUGGUGCUGGACGAAGGCAGCGCCUCGGUGGCAGAACUCCGGCCCGAUGGCCCCGCGCACCUGCUGCUCUCGGCGCUGCUACACGAGACCCGCGCCGGGGCCACCGCCGUCUGCUUCCUGCGAGGAGGCUUCGACAGCUUCCAGUCCUGCUGUCCCGAUCUGUGCUCUGAAUCCCCUGCCCCGGCGCUGGCCCCCACAGCCACCGAAACCAGUAGCUCCGACCUCAGGGUUCCCAUCUAUGACCAGGGUGGACCGGUGGAGAUCUUGCCCUACCUGUACCUGGGCAGCUGCAGCCACUCCUCUGACCUACAAGGGCUGCAGGCCUGUGGCAUCACAGCCGUCCUCAACGUCUCUGCUAGCUGCCCCAACCACUUUGAGGGCCUUUUCCUCUACAAGAGCAUCCCGGUGGAGGACAACCAGAUGGUGGACAUCAGUGCCUGGUUCCAGGAGGCCAUAGGCUUCAUCGACCUGGUGAAGAACAGCGGAGGCCGGGUGCUGGUCCACUGCCAGGCGGGCAUUUCCCGCUCUGCCACCAUCUGCCUGGCGUACCUGAUACAGAGCCGCCGAGUGCGGCUGGAUGAGGCCUUCGACUUUGUUAAGCAACGCCGCGGAGUCAUCUCCCCCAACUUCAGUUUCAUGGGGCAGUUGCUGCAAUUUGAGACUCAGGUGCUGUGUCACUGAGGCAGGGACCCUCUGCCUGCCUCCCUACCACGUUGGCCCUCACAAUUUCUAGGAGGAGCCKAGUGGGGACAGGUGGGUUCCCGAUGGCCUAGAGCAUCCCCCUCGUCUUUGGAGGCCUGUUGCACCCCCUGGGGGACUGGCCUUCCCACCUGGUGCUCUUCUGCUGGGAGUUCAAGGGCUGGCCCUUAGGAGGGGACAGAGCAGAGGCACAUCUGCUGUCCCCUCCACUCCUGUGGUAGAAAUGACUGGACUCUACAUUCAUGGACUCUCUGGUCCCUUCACCAUGUUGAAACCCUUGGCAGCCCGAGAGCCCUAAGGAACAAGCUGUGACAACAGGGAGCCCUGUCUAGGGGUGUCCACUCUGGGUCCUGGAGCCCGAGCCAAGCUCCUGGGGGAGCUAGGAACUUGGAAAGUGAGGCGUGUGUCGUGUUCCGGACCUGUGACCUCUUGCUUACGCAUACGUGAGCGUUUCUUGCCCRCCCAUGUUGGUGCUGGAAAAUUAUUUGUGUUCAACUGACAUUUAAGGCUCCCUCCCCCACUUCCUCCCAGCCCUGUGGGCGGGGGUUGGAAACUUAGCACUUUAUAUUUAUACAGAACAUUGUG